AUUUCACAUUUCUUAUCUAUUAAAUUUUUCAUCGAAUUUAACGCGUAUGGUAAAAUAAAACAAUAAUCAUAAGUGAACACGAUAAUUUCCUCAUUAAGAUUAUAUAAGUUUUAAUAUUGAUUUUGCUGUUUCCGAUCAACGUCGUUCUUUUAAUUGAGUAGUAUUUAAAAUGUUGAAAACACUCGGUUAUUACCUUUUAGAAAAAAGUAUGCGCAAAUAUAUGAUAUGGCCCACCUCACACGGAAUGAGAGGAUACGGAGUAAUAAUUUUAAUAGUUAUAAAUCUGGUUUGGGGUUUUUAUCCCUUGAUAACGGAACUUAUGCAUUACAAGACGAAUUUCGCAAAGCUACUGUUUCAUUUGGAACUUACUGCGAUAGGCGCUAUAACUCUGUUUGGUAAUAUUCAAUUACUACGAAAUCGACGUAGUUUGCUCGAAAUAAUUGAUUCAUUAAGUGAUUUUAAUCAUUUCGGUAUCCCAGAAAGAAUAAAAUUUAUUGAAAAAAAUAUAAAAAUUAUACUAAAUAUUAUUCAUUAUGGAGGAUUUUUUAUAGGAUAUGCUAUGGCAUAUUAUGUUAUGUUCGAAAAUAAUUGUGCCGGUAUUAUAAAUACUAAAGAUUGUUUUAUUAUCGAAUAUUUCGUUCCACAUCAUUUAAAACAGUACGAAAUAACAUUAAUAAUGUUAUUUCAAAUAUAUUUUUUGGGUAUUUCAAUGAAUGUUAUAUUUUCUGGGUUGUUAUUAUAUAGUUACUCGAUGGAAUUGUUAAUCGCUCGAAUAGAACACCUUAAUAAUGUAAUCGAUAAUAUACAUUUGAACAGAAAUAAGAAAAGAAAUUUUAAAAUUCUGCGACCGAUUUUCUUAUAUCAUCAAGAUAUUUUCAGAAUGUUUGACUGUGUUAAGGGAUUCUUUGUCAGUUAUAUCGUGCCUACAAAAGUUUGCGUUAUAGUUUGUUUAACUAUGUCUACUACUGAAUUUGUUCUGGAAAAGAAUUUAAUAAGUUGCUGGAUGAUUAUUAUGUACUUCUUAACGUUAUUUUUCUUCCAUACUAUUGGACAAAGAUUUAUCACAGCGGUGGGUAGUGUUAACGAUGCAAUUUGUAAUGUAAAUUGGUUCGAUUCGGAUGUUUCAACACGUAAAGAUGUUUUAUUGUUGUUGUGUAUGAGCCAACAUACAGUCGCCAUGGAAGUCCCAUUGUUCGGCAAAUUAUCACAUACCGCAGCAGCUAAGGAAUACAAAAUGGUUUAUGGUUUCUGCAAUUGGAUUUUAACCGUAAUGAAACAACGAAUCGCUUAAAAUUUAUUAAUCUUAUAAGAUCUAAAGUACAUAUUUAUGGUACAAAUGUUAAUAGUGGAAAAUACCAAAUAUGUAAUAAUUGAAAUAGUAAUUGUUAUUUAUUUGUUACAUAGUAUAACAAUAAACACUAUAAAGAGUUUCUAAUCUA